AUGUCGUCUCUUUUUGCUCUUCUGUCUUUGGCAACUGUGGCUUUCGGUGCCCGUCCAUUCCUGAGUUAUGCAGAUACUGGCAUUGAUGUCGCUUUAUCUGGUGUCCCCAAUGGCACUCUGCCAGACCUGUCAGAGAUGAAGGCCUUGAAUGAUUUUGAAUGGGUCGCCGAGAGGAACCUCAACGAGUCCAGCUGGGCCUUCUACCGGGCUGGCGCGGGUGGAGAAUGGUCGUAUCGCAACAACCUCGAGAGCUACGGUCGGUUGAGAUUCCGUCCCCGUGUUUUGACCGAUAUCACACAGAUUGAGCAAAACAUGAACACGACCCUCUUUGGUCACACCUUUUCUGCCCCUUUCUUCAUGAGCCCCUUUGGUCGUGCAGGAUAUGCUCAUGCUGAUGCAGAGCUCAAUCUGGUCAAGGCUGCCGCAGAGGAGAAUAUUCUUUACGUCGCUUCCAUGCAUGCCACAAAGACAUUGGACGAGAUUGCAUCAGCCAAAGCCGAGGGCCAGAUCACGGGACAUCAAUUCUACAACGAGGGCACCGACGAGGACACACUGGCAUACUUUCAACAGGUCGAGGCGGCCGGCGGCAAAGCCAUCUUCUUCACGGUGGACUCGGCAGGCGAUGGGAAUCGUCACCGAGCUGCCCGCUGGAGCGUCACGUCGUCUGAUUCUGGCUACACCUACGCCACGUGGGACUACUACAAGCAUCUCCAAAACCUGACAAGUCUCCCCAUUAUUCCCAAAGGCAUCCAAACGGUCGAGGACGCCAAGUUGGCCAUCGCCUACGGGGCCCCCGCCAUUUUCCUGUCCAACCACGGCGCCCGGCAGCUCGACCACGUCCCGUCUUCUCUCGAGGUGGCCCUGGAAAUCCACGAGGAAUCCCCCGACAUCUUUCAGCAGAUUGACGUGUUUGCCGACGGCGGUGUGCGCUAUGGAUCCGACGUUUUGAAACUCAUGGCUCUGGGCGUCAAGGCCGUGGGUGCCGCCCGGCCCUUUGCCUUUGCCAACAUUUACGGCGUCGACGGUGUCAAAAAAGCGCUGCAAAUGCUCAAGCAUGAGAUUGCUAUUGACUGCUCUAAUAUGGGACUCAAUGAUGUGCAUAGCAUCAAUUCAUCCUACAUUAAAUUGAAUAAUCCUAUCUGGAAUGGAUGGUACUCUUGA